AGUGCCGUUGCAAAUAAUUACAACUGAAAUGCCUUAUUUGUAGAGACAUCUACAAAUAAGCGGGGAAGGAAGAAACAUAAAAAGAAGCACAAGUGGAGAGAAAAAUCGAUUCUUGAAUGUGUGGAAAUGGAUCACUUCCUGACCCAACGUGAUUCCAAAGAAAAUUCAGGGAAAUGUCAAAGUAGAAAAAGAUUCAAAGCAAACUCCAACGCUAGUAAUCACUGCAAAUCGGGAAAAAGCUCCAGCAGUAAUAAUCUUACUUCACAUAAAAAGAACCAGGCAAGGGGGAAGCCCUACAACGAUGUGAACUGUGGAAAGAGCAGUAAUUCAAUUUCUCAUAAAAAGAUCCAUAAAUGUGUGGAUUGUGGAAAACGUUUCAGUGUGAAGAGUUCCCUUACGUACCAUAAAAGGGUACAUAGUGGAGAAAAAUCCUUUAAAUGCAUAGAAUGUGGGAAGACCUUUAAAAGUAGUAAGUACCUGAUGUGCCACAAAAGGAUCCAUUCGGGGGAAAAACUUUAUAAAUGUGUGAUUUGUGGACAAAGUUUCACAACAAAGUCUUCCCUUACAGCCCAUGAAAAGAUACAUACAGAAGAAAAACCCUAUAAAUGCAUGGAGUGUGGAAAGAGCUUCAGGGGAAGCAGUGGUCUUAAUUGUCAUCAACGGAUCCACACAGGAGAAAAACCCUAUAAAUGCCUAGACUGUGGGAAGAGCUUCAGGCAAAGCAGUGCCCUUGUUUCCCAUAAACGGGUCCACACAGGAGAAAAACCCUAUAAAUGUAUACAGUGUGGGAAGAGCUUCAGUGUAAAGAGUUCUCUUACUUCUCAUAGACGGAUCCACACAGGAGAAAAACCCUUUAAAUGCAAACAGUGUGGGAAGAGCUUCACAACUAGUAGUUCCCUGAUAUGCCACAAAAGGAUCCAUACGGGGAGAAAACCUUACAAAUGUGUGGAUUGUGGACAAAGGUUCCGUGUGAAGGGUUCCUUUACUUCCCAUAAAAGGGUACAUACUGGAGAAAAACCCUUUAAAUGCAUAGAAUGUGGGAAGAGCUUUACAAGUAGUAAUUACCUGAUGUGCCACAAAAGGAUCCAUUCGGGGGAAAAACCUUAUAAAUGUGUGAUUUGUGGACAACGUUUCACAACGAAGUGUUCCCUUAUAGCCCAUGAAAAGAUACAUACAGAAGAAAGACCCUUUAAAUGCAUGGAGUGUGGAAAGAGCUUCAGGCAAAGCGGUGCUCUUAAUUGUCAUACACUGAUCCACACAGGAGAAAAACCCUAUAAAUGCCUAGACUGUGGGAGGGGCUUCAGGCAAAGCAGUGCCCUUGCUUCCCAUAAACGGGUCCACACAGGAGAAAAACCCUAUGAAUGCAUGGAGUGUGGAAAGAGCUUCAGUGUAAAGAGUUCUCUUACUUCUCAUAGACGGAUCCACACAGGAGAAAAACCCUAUAAGUGCCCAGACUGUGGGAAGGACUUCAGGCAAAGCUGUGACCUUGCUACCCAUAAACGGAUCCACACAGGAGAAAAACCCUAUAAAUGCAUGGAGUGUGGAAACAGCUAUAAUACCUGUAGUGGAUUAAAUCACCAUAAACUUGUCCACACGGGAGAGAAACCCUAUACAUGCAUGGAGUGUGGAAAGCGCUUCACUUGCAAGACUUCUCUUACUUCUCAUGAGAGGAUCCACACAGGAGAGAAACCCUAUAAAUGUAUAGAGUGUGGGAAGAGCUUCAGCCGAAGCAGUCAACUUAGUUACCAUAACAGGAUCCAUACAGGAGAAAAACCUUAUAAGUGCACAGAGUGUGGAAAGACCUUCGUUGCUAGUAGGUCUCUGACUAUUCAUAAAAGGACCCACACCGGAGAGAAACCCUAUAAAUGCCUGGAAUGUGGGAACAGCUUCAGAUUUAACAGUAGCCUUUCUGUCCAUAAGAGGAUCCACAAAAGAGGGAAAUAGAAAUGUACGGAAUGCGGAAGGAGUUUUUGUGAAAGAGAAUCCUUCUCAAGAAACAACCCAUAAUGGACAGGAAAAUAUCCUGUGGACAGCAAUCAAUUUAUUUCCCUUACGGAUUAACAGAAAAAUGAAGGGACAAAGGGCUGGACUGAUGGGGUAGUAUAUUUUAAUUUUUUUUAAAAAAAAAACUUUCUUGAUUUUUUAUGUAUAUUUGUUGUUUUUAACAGUCGCUUGGUCGACUGUUGUGAGCCGCCCUGAGUCCUUAGAGAUAGGGCGGCAUACAAAUUUUAUAAAAUAAAUAAAUAAAUAAAGAAGAUAGAUUAUCAGAUAGUCAAGAAAGUUAAAUAUUUGGGAGUAUACUUAACAAGAAGAUGUACAACAAGUAAAGAAGGUAACUAUAAAAGAUUAAUAAAACAAAUGUGGCAUUUGCCACCAGGAAGAAUAGCCAAGAUGUUUAAAAACCUGUCAGCCAAAUGUUGGAAAUGUAAUCAGGAAAUGUAAACCGGGCUCUUAUUACCAUAAGUGGUGAACAUGCCGAAAGGCAAAAAAAAAAUUGGACGAAAAUACACACAUAAUACACACAUAAUUAGAGUUUUGUUUUUUUAAAUUUGAUUUAUAUACCGCCCUUCUCUGGAGACUCAGGGCAGCUUACUAUGCGUUAAGCAAUAGCCUUCAUACUUUUGUAUAUUUAUACAAAGUCAACUUAUUGCCCCCACAAACUGGGUCCUCAAUUUACCUACCUUAGAAAGGAUGGAAGGCUGAGUCAAAUACAGUCAGGUCCAUAAAUAUUGGGACAUCGACACAAUUCUAACAUCUUUGGCUCUAUACACCACCACAAUGGAGCUGGAAUGCAACAAACACAAUGUGCGUUAACUGCAGACUGUCAGCUUUAAUUUGAGGGUUUGUACAUCCAACUCAGGUGAACGGUGUAGGACUUACAGCAGUUUGUAUAUGUGCCUCCCUCUUGUUAAGGGACCAAAAGUAAUGGGACAAUUGGCUUCUCAGCUGUUACAUGGCCAGGUGUGUGAUAUUCCCUCAUUACCCCAAUUACAAUGUGCAGAUAAAAGGCCCAGAGUUCAUUUCAAGUGUGCUAUUUGCAUUUGGAAUCUGUUGCUGUCAACUCUCAAGAUGAGAUCCAAAGAGCUGUCACUAUCAGUGAAGCAAGCCAUCAUUAGGCUGAAGAAACAAAACAAACCCAUCAGAGAGAUAGCAAGAACAUUAGGUGUGGCCAAAACAACUGUUUGAAACAUUCUCAAAAAGAAGGAAUGCACCUGUGAGCUCAGCAACAGCAAAAGACCUGGGAGACCAUGGAAAACAAGUGUGGUGGAUGACCGAAGAAUUCUUUCCCUGGUGAAGAAAACACCCUUCACAACAGUUGGCCAGAUCAAGAACACUCUCCAGGAUGUAGGUGUACGUGUGUCAAAGUCAACAGUCAAGAGAAGACUUCACCAGAGUGAAUACAGAGGGUUCACCACAAGAUGUAAACCAUUGGUGAGCCUCAAAAACAGGAAGGCCAGAUUAGAGUUUGCCAAACAACAUCUAACAAAGCCUUCACAGUUCUGGAACAAGAUCCUAUGGACAGAUGAGACCAAGAUCAACUUGUACCAGAGUGAUGGGAAGAGAAGAGUAUGGAGAAGGAAAGGAACUGCUCAUGAUUCUAAGCAUACCAUCUCAUCAGUGAAGCAUGGUGGUGGUAGUGUCACGGCAUGGGCAUGUAUGGCUGCCAAUGGAACUGGUUCUCUUGUAUUUAUUGAUGAUGUGACUGCUGACAAAAGCAGCAGGAUGAAUUCUGAAGUGUUUCGGGCAAUAUUAUCUGCUCACAUUCAGCCAAAUGCUGCAGAACUCAUUGGACGGCACUUCACAGUGCAGAUGGACAAUGACCCAAAGCAUACUGCAAAAGCAACCAAAGAGUUUUUGAAGGGACAGAAGUGGAAUGUUAUGCAAUGGCCAAGUCAAUCACCUGACCUGAAUCCCAUUGAGCAUGCAUUUCACUUGCUGAAGACAAAACUGAAGGGAAAAUGCCCCAAGAACAAGCAGGAACUGAAGACAGUUGCAAUAGAGGCCUGGCAGAGCAUCACCAGGGAUGAAACCCAGCGUCUGGUGAUGUCUAUGUGUUCCAGACUUCAGGCUGUGAUUGACUGCAAAGGAUUUGCAACCAAGUAUUAAGAAGGGAAAGUUUGAUUUAUGAUUAUUAUUCUGUCCCAUUACUUUUGGUCCCUUAACAAGUGGGAGGCACAUAUGCAAACUGCUGUAAGUCGUACACCGUUCACCUGAGUUGGAUGUACAUACCCUCAAAUUAAAGCUGACAGUCUGCAGUUAAUGCACAUUGUGUUUGUUUCAUUCCAACUCCAUUGUGGUGGUGUAUAGAGCCAAAGAUGUUAGAAUUGUGUCGAUGUCCCAAUAUUUAUGGACCUGACUGUACAUAGUUAAAGCAACAUAUCGUUAACACCUAGUUAAAGCAAGAUAUACAUUUAAAGUCAGAAAUAUUUUUGUUAGGUAUAAUAUCAGAAAAAUAUGACAAAGGGAACAAAUAUUUAAUACUACAUAUAUUGACAGCAGCGAGAAUUGAAUUUGCACAACACUGGAAGAAUGAGGAAACUCCUACAGACCAAAAUAUAAUUAGAAAAAUACUAGAUUGUACAGAAAUGGAUAGGUUAACAUUAAAGAUAAAGGACAAAGAAGACACAAUGUUUUUUAACAUGGGAUUUGUGUUAUCAAUGGUUAGACAAUAGAGGUAGAAAUUAGAAAUUAGCCAAAGGGAGCUGCGCCAAGCCGGCCACACACCUGGCCAUGACCAGUUGGUCGAGGCCUCCCACCUUCUACCAGCCACACCCUCCCUCCAUCCCAGCCACUGAAAAUCUCUCCCAAAUACAGGCAGAAGCAUAGAAUCAAAAUCUGCUGAAGUAUUAGUACCGCUUUAGUAAGUCCACACCUGGAAUACUACAACUAAUUUUGGUCACAGGUGUUGAGACUUUGGAAAAAGUUUGGAGAAGAACAACUAAGGUGACCAAAGGCCUGGGGACUAAAACAUAUGAAGAACGGUUGCAGGAUUUGGGUAUGACUAGUCAGCCUAGAUAUCAACCUAGAAAUAGGGAGAAAUUUUCUAACAGUGGGAACAAUUAACCAGUGCAACAGCUUGUCUUCAGAAAUUGUGGAUGCUUCAUCACUGGAGGUUUUUAAGAAGACACUGAACAAUGAUUUGUUUGAAACGGUAUAGGGCAGUGUUGGAGAACCUUUUCGGCAACCAAUGCCGAAACCAGAAUGCUUUUCCACAUGUGCAUGCCAGAAACCAGAAGAGCAGGUGGUCUUCACGCAUGUAGGAGUGCCCGAAACUGGAAGAGCAGCUACCUGAUGUGUGUGCUAAGAGAGAGCACUUUGUGUACUCUACUACGCGUGCCAUAGGUUCGCCGUCAGUAUUGGGUGUCCUCCUUGAGCAGGGGGCUGGUCUAGAAGACCUCCAAGGUCCCUUCCACCUCCGUUCCGUUCUAUUCUCCCAACUGAAAGGGACUUUAAAAAUGGUUUUAUUGAUCCAACACUUUACCAUAUAACCAAUAUUUUUUAAAAAAAAUACUUAAAUUUCUUGAUUUAAAAUCAUUGUUCAGUUUAUCAGAUUAAAGUAAUACCGUAUUUUCUAUUUC